AUGAGGGAGAUCCUCCAUGUCCAAGGUGGUCAGUGUGGUAACCAGAUCGGGUCCAAGUUUUGGGAGGUGGUAUGCGAUGAACACGGUAUAGAUCCCAGUGGAAGGUACGUUGGAACUUCGGACCUGCAACUGGAACGCGUCAAUGUCUACUACAACGAGGCUUCCUGCGGGAGGUUCGUUCCUAGGGCUGUGCUCAUGGAUCUGGAGCCCGGGACAAUGGACAGUGUCCGUACAGGUCCGUAUGGUCAGAUCUUCCGCCCGGACAACUUCGUCUUUGGGCAGUCUGGUGCGGGCAACAACUGGGCGAAAGGCCACUACACUGAGGGAGCAGAGCUGAUUGACUCUGUUCUUGAUGUUGUGAGGAAAGAGGCUGAAAAUUGCGACUGCCUUCAAGGUAUUUUCUCCAAAUCAUGGACGAGUUUUACACAGGCGCCAUGAGUUUUUGUUAUAGAUCUUUACUCGGUAGCCUUAAAACAGGUUUGAUUUAGUUUGCCUACCUAUUAUAGAGUAGACAUAAAGCGUUUUUAUUAUUUACAAGAUUCUAUAUUGAUAACUUUAAGAUUUUCCAUUAAGUGUUCCUCUUGAGAUAGUGAAUCGACUGUGUAUGAGGUUCCUCUGGAGUCUGAGACCCAUAAAUUUUGUCACAUCUCUCUCUCUUAUUAUUUCAGUGUUCUUUCUAUGCGAUAUGGAGAGUUUCAUACCUGAGAUCUAGGGACUUCGAUGCCGGUAACCUCUACGAUUUUUCGAACUUUUUUUUUUGGACCGGUACUAUAGACUAUAAGAGUGUUUCGUGCCAAUCUACUGAUUAGCGUAGGAAUUCUCUUCUUUAUUCUUGUACUGUUAAUUCUUAUUUUUUAACUCGUAAGUUCAACCAAAAUAUUUGUCGAGUUUAGUUCUCUUUUUUCAGUUUUUUUUUUCUCAUUCUGUUUUAUUACUAAAUGAUCUCAGGUUUCCAAGUCUGCCACUCUCUGGGUGGAGGAACAGGUUCUGGGAUGGGAACGCUACUAAUAUCAAAGAUCAGAGAAGAAUACCCUGACAGGAUGAUGCUCACAUUCUCCGUUUUCCCAUCCCCCAAGGUCUCAGACACUGUGGUCGAACCAUAUAAUGCAACUCUUUCUGUUCAUCAGCUCGUGGAAAAUGCAGACGAGUGCAUGGUCUUGGAUAAUGAGGCCCUUUAUGACAUCUGCUUCCGGACACUGAAGCUCACCACCCCGAGCUGUGAGUUGUUCUCACUCUCCCUUCUAUCUCGCUUUCCGAGUCAAAAUUAUCGAUGAAUUAGUUUACAAGUUCUUUUGAUUGCUUCCAGUUGGUGACCUGAAUCACCUGAUCUCCGCUACCAUGAGCGGCGUCACUUGCUGCCUCCGCUUCCCCGGGCAGCUGAACUCGGACCUCCGGAAGCUGGCUGUGAACUUGAUCCCCUUCCCGCGGCUCCACUUCUUCAUGGUCGGCUUCGCCCCGCUGACUUCCCGCGGCUCCCAGCAGUACCGGGCGCUAACCGUCCCAGAGCUCACCCAGCAAAUGUGGGACGCGAAGAACAUGAUGUGCGCCGCCGACCCCCGCCACGGCCGCUACCUCACCGCCUCCGCCAUGUUCCGGGGGAAGAUGAGCACCAAGGAGGUGGACGAGCAGCUGAUCAACGUGCAGAACAAGAACUCCUCCUACUUUGUGGAGUGGAUCCCCAACAACGUCAAGUCCAGCGUCUGCGACAUCCCCCCGAGGGGCCUCUCCAUGGCGUCCACCUUCAUCGGCAACUCCACCUCCAUCCAGGAGAUGUUCCACCGGGUCAGCGAGCAGUUCACCGCCAUGUUCCGCCGCAAGGCCUUCCUCCACUGGUACACCGGCGAGGGCAUGGACGAGAUGGAAUUUACCGAGGCCGAGAGCAACAUGAACGACCUCGUCUCCGAGUACCAGCAGUACCAGGACGCCACCGCCGAAGACGACGGCGACUACGACGACGACGAGGAACCCGCCGCCGACGACCUGUGA